CCGCCCCGCCGCGCCGCCCUCGCAAUAAGGGGCCUGAGCGCGCCGGGGAGGAGCGGGAGCGGGAGCGGGAGUGAGCAGGGCCGCGCCGUCGGGCGCCGGGCCGGGCCGGGCCAUGGAGCUGUGGCCGUGUCUGGCCGCGGCGCUGCUGUUGCUGUUGCUGCUGGUGCAGCUGAGUCGCGCGGCCGAGUUCUACGCCAAGGUCGCCCUGUACUGCGCGCUGUGCUUCGCGAUGUCCGCCGUGGCCUCGCUCGUCUGCCUGCUGCGCCACGGCGGCCGGACGGUGGAGAACAUGAGCAUCAUCAGCUGGUUCGUGCGAAGCUUCAAGUACUUCUAUGGGCUCCGCUUCAAGGUGCGGGACCAGCAUAGGCUGCAGGAGGCCCGGCCCUGCGUCAUCGUCUCCAACCACCAGAGCAUCCUGGACAUGAUGGGCCUCAUGGAGGUCCUUCCGGAGCGCUGCGUGCAGAUCGCCAAGCGGGAGCUGCUCUUCCUGGGCCCCGUGGGCCUCAUCAUGUACCUGGGGGGCGUCUUUUUCAUCAACCGGCAGCGCUCUAGCACUGCCAUGACGGUGAUGGCCGACCUGGGCGAGCGCAUGGUCAGGGAGAACCUCAAAGUGUGGAUCUACCCCGAGGGUACUCGUAACGACAACGGGGACCUUCUGCCCUUUAAGAAAGGUGCUUUCUACCUGGCGGUCCAGGCACAGGUGCCCAUCGUCCCCGUGGUGUACUCCUCCUUCUCCUCCUUCUACAACACCAAGAAGAAGUUAUUCACCUCAGGAACAGUCACAGUGCAGGUGUUGGAAGCCAUCCCCACCAGCGGCCUCACCGAGGCGGAUGUCCCUGCACUCGUGGACACCUGCCACCGGGCCAUGAGGACCACCUUCCUCCACAUCUCCAAGACCCCCCAGGAGAACGGGGCCACUGCGGGGCCUGGCGUGCAGCUGGCCCAGUAGCUGAGACCACGGCAGGGCAGGACCUGGGGAGGGCAGGUGGGAAGCCAAUGGCUGGAGGAUGGGCAGAGGGGACCCCCACCCAGGCUUCCAAAUACCACUGUGUCCGGCUCCCCUGGCUCUCAUUCAGCCCUGGAAGCAGGAGGUCCUUUCUGUCACUGGCCUCAGACAUGGGCCCCUGGCGUCCGCUGCAGGGGGAUCAGCUGGACCCUCCCCAGGCUCGAGGGCAGGGACUCACCCCCACGGCACCUCAGAGCUGGGAUGAUGAGGAUGAGGCCUGAGGCUGUGGCCGGCAGGUGGGCUGAGCCACAAGGCCCCCGGAUAGCCCAGGAGCAGACAGGAGGACCCCAAGGCCCAACGUUCACUGCCCGAGCCCUCUGCUCUGGCCACCUGGGACCCACUCGGAUGCAGUUGGGCUCCAGGGUCCAGCCUACAAGCUGCAUCAGGCUCUCAGGGAGAGAAGGCGCCUGGAGGGCCGGGAGUCCCAGACUCACGCACCCUGGGCCACAGGGAGCCGGGAAGUGGGACCUGCUGCUCCUGCCGGCGUGGAGGACUCUGGAGUCAGCAUUGUACUCCGUUGCUGUUUUUUUAUAAACACACUCUUGGAAGUGGC